AUUCGGUAGUUUAGUUCAAAGCCUUCAUUUCUGUUGACAGUUUGAACAUGGGCAUCAUCAUAACUCGUCCAUCCCCCAGGGUUUCAACAGGCGGUGGUAGCUCAGGCAGCAGCACUGGCAGCACCGGGAGCACAUCGGGCACAGCAGGCACGACUGUUGGCAAAACUUGGGGUGCUCCCGCCCCGGCACCAGCCCCCGCCCCGGCACCUGUCCCCGUAUGGGGAACAACACCAGGAGUGAUCAUAACAACUCCUCCUGACGUUGCCGCUGCCGGCGCAAAGUCAGCAGGCAAAUAUGUUCCUGGUGACCCAGCUACAGUGCCGUACAUUGAUCGUGGCAACUCCGGGCAAUACCCCGUCGUCAUCGUCACACCCAGCGAGCUCAACACUGGAAACGACACCAAAGUUGCCCUCCCUCCUAUACCUGUCGAGUGGAUCAUCGCGCCUCGAAACAUCACCAGUCCCGACCAAUGUCCAAACGCCGGAGCUACAAUUGCAACCUUUGCUGCCACGGACGUUAUCCUGGCGGUCCUCCUGAUCGUCACCGCGGCAAGGUCAAUGCUGUACAGAGCCUCGUGUCACCUGUUCGGCAAGCGAGGGGGCAAAAAAGUAUACUGGACAUGGCUGAUGUGGCUUGUCCUGCAAGUGACAGGCAAUGUCGGUGCGGCUCUUCUAGUCGUCAGAACCGAGGGAUACGAACAUCUGGAAUUUUUAAAGGUCUUUGCUCUUUACCUGUCCAGGCCCAGACUAAAAACAUGGUGGCUCGCUAUCCUGCGGACAUCGUUUUCCGUGGGGGGCCGGAGGUUCCCUGACGGCAACACAAGACUUGAGCAAGAACAAGAGCAAGAGAAUGAGAAGAUAUCCCUUGCGUGGGAAAAAGACGGCCGCAAAGAGAAAGAGCACAUUUAUGUUGACGCGUACGUUUCGGCCGCCCUGGUCGAGUUUAUUUUCCAGAUCUCCGCUGCGGUGUUCAUCGGUGUGACCUGGGAGAGGUUUCCAAACGAAGUCAUCAAGCAGUACAUGCAACCACCGCUGCGAUUCAUGUUUGCGGCGCCUGGCAUUAUGUUGGUCGCCAUUUCAGUGGGAGUUCCAAUAUGGCGUAUCACAGGUGAGACUUGGGGUUGGAAGGAGACUGUGGACAAAGACCCGGAAACAAAAAAGGUGAUACGGCGCCGAUCACCGCCAUCGAUGGGCGGCAUCCGGUUUUGGUGGGUGAUAUGGGGGUCUCUCAUUUAUAUUCCCGUUUACUCCGCCGCAUGGGUCUACUGGACACACUUUCUUACUCUUCCUGGCGCAUUGUGGUGUCCGCCCAGGCUGGUCAGUCAGUCGGCGAUUUGGAUCUUGACGUCUAUUUAG